UUGUGGAAAGGGCGCAAGCCUAGUUUCUCUCAAAUUCGAAUUUGGGGUUGCACUGCACAUGUCUUAGUGCAGGAGGCUGGCAAGUUGGAGAAACGAUCAGAAGUGAGACUGUUUGUCGGCUACUCCAAGGAAACGAAAGGUGGUUUAUUUUAUAGUCCUGAGGAUCAGAAGGUGAUCGUUAGUACGAACGCUAGAUUCUUGGAAGAAGACUAUAUCCUAGAUCAUAAGCCCAGUAGUAAACUUGUCCUAGAGGAGUUAGGGAGAGAUAUCGGUAGUUCCCCACCGAGUGCGCAAGUAGAUACAUCACAUAGUAAUACAACACGUAACACUGAUAGUGUGUCAGUACAGUCGGUACCUCUUCGUAGUGAGAGGGUUUCUACACAACCCGACCGAUGGAUAGGUCUUGGAGAGUCAUCGGACUCAGUUCCAAGAGACCUAGAAUCGGACCCAAGAACUUAUGACGAGGCACUCCAAGAUAGAGAUGCAAAUUCGUGGAAGGUUGCAAUGAAAGCUGAGAUGGGGUCUAUGGACACCAAUCAGGUCUGGGAUCUUGUAGAACCACCCGAUGGGAUACGUCCCAUUGGAUGCAAGUGGGUUUACAAGAGAAAGAGGGGAUCGGAUGGAAAGGUGGAAACCUUUAAAGCUAGGCUUGUUGCGAAAGGUGAUACCCAGAAAGAGGGUAUCAAUUAUGAUGAAACCUUUUCGCCAGUAGCUAUGCUUAAAUCCAUUCGGAUUCUCUUAGCUGUAGCCACUCAUAUGGAUUAUGAAGUGUGGCAGAUGGAUGUUAAGACGGCUUUCCUUAAUGGGAACCAUCAGGAAGACAUCUAUAUGCAGCAGCCAGAAGGAUUCAUUGCAAAAGGGCAUGAGCACUUA